AUGACGAAGAAAGGCCAGAUUCCUGUUGGCGAGUACCUCUUCCGUCGAUUGCACCAGCUCGGUAUUCGUCAUGUGCUCGGUGUUCCCGGCGAUUUCAAUCUCAACCUUCUCGACCACAUCUACAAUGUCCCUGAUCUGCGAUGGGUGGGCACCUGCAACGAGCUCAACGCUGCUUAUGCCGCCGAUGGUUAUGCGCGUGCUCGGGGUAUUCCAGGAGCUGUGGUAACAACAUACGGUGUUGGGGAGCUGAGUGCGCUCAACGGCAUUGCCGGCGCAUAUAGCGAAUAUGUUCCCGUCAUUCACAUUGUUGGAAACACCUCUCGCGAUAUGCAGCGCAACCACGUCAAGAUACACCAUACCCUCUGGAUGGACAAUUGGGAUCAUACUACUUACCAGAAGAUGAGCCAGCCAGUACAGAGCGACUCUGCAUUCCUUACUGACCCCGCCACCGCGCCCGAGCAGAUCGAUCGCGUGAUCGAAACUUGUGUCAAGACACGGCUGCCGGCGUACCUCUUCAUCCCUGUCGAAGUUCCGGACCUGAUGACGGAUUCCUCGCGGCUGUCGACACCUCUUGAUCUUGAAGUGCGCAAUGAAGGAAAGGAGGCACAAGAAGAUGAGGUGGUGUCGGAAAUUAUCCGCGCAAUAGACCAAGCUUCCAACCCCAGUGUCAUCGUGGACGUGUUGAUGCAGCGCCAUGGGCUAGUUAAUGAGGCCAAGGAACUCGUUGAACAGAUUAAUGCUCCCUUUUAUAUCACUCCGAUGGGAAAAUCCAUCGUUAACGAAUCGGACCCUAAAUUUGCCGGGUUAUACGCCGGUAUCGUCUCUACCUCUCCGAGUACACAAUCACAAGCGGAAGCCCAUGAUAUCAUCCUCCACGCUGGACCUUUCCCCGUUUCUGCGAACACCGGAGGCUUCUCCACCGAGCUUCCAAAAGACAAGAUGAUCAAACUACAUCCCAGCUAUUGCUCCGUUGGGGAUAAAGUGUGGGAUGGGCUCGAUUUUAGGCCCGUGGUCCGGAAAUUGGUUCAUCAACUUAAGAAGCAGCCAUUGCGGCGCAAGUCGAACCCGGUUCCCAGGUCGCAGCCAACUACAGAGGGCACCGUGGUUGAUGAUUCGUGCACUGAGCCCCUUGAUCACAAGCGGUUCUGGGGUAGGCUAAGCAAAUUCUUAAAACCGGAUGAUUUUGUUAUCGCAGAAGUCGGAACAUCCCAGUUUGGCUCUCUGGACCUCAAAUUGCCCGAUAACUGCAAAUAUUACAGUCAGUUGUACUACAGCUGCAUCGGUUUCACCGUCCCGGCACUCCUUGGGACACUCCUAGCCCGUAAAGAAACGGGCGCCAAGGGACGUGUUAUCUUGCUGGUGGGUGAUGGCAGUCUGCAAAUGACCGUCCAAGAAUUCGGAACAAUUAUCCGAGAGGGGCUGACGCCGACAAUUUUUGUGGUUAAUAACGCGGGAUAUUCCAUUGAGCGACUCAUCCAUGGACCGAUGCAGCAAUAUAACGAUAUCUCAACCCAAUGGGAUUACCAAAAGAUGUUGUCAUUCUUCGGCGCCCCCAAUGCCCCCACUUACGUGGCCAAAACCUAUGCGGAGCUUGGCAAGGUCUUCAGCGACGAGGGAUUCAAGAAGGGCGAUCGUAUCCAACUGUUGGAGGUUUUCUUUGACAUGCUCGAUUCGCCAUGGAACCUCACUGCUUUGUUGGAGCUCAAGGAGAGGAGAUUGCGGGCUGCAGCAGCUGCAGCAGCAAACGGGAACUGA